AUGGCACACCAGGAGUUACCGCAUCUCAAACUCCCAGAGGGCAUCACAUCUCGCCAAAUUGACCUCUCAUCGUUCGGUCACCUUUCCUUCCACGUUCUAGAGGCUGGCUCUCCGUCUAAUCCAUUGAUUUUGCUACUCCAUGGAUUUCCCAUGUUAGCUUACUCAUGGCGAAGAAUCAUGUUACCACUUGCCAACUCCGGAUACUAUGUAGUUGCUCCGGAUCAGCGGGGUUAUGGUAGAACAACAGGGUGGGAUACGCGGACGUACACUGAAGUUGAUUUACAUGCUUUUUCGACUACGAUAUUCGUUAGAGACGCACUAGCUCUGGUCUCUGCCAUGGGCUUUGAAAAGGUGAAAUGCGUUGUCGGUAUUGAUGCAGGUGGCGUGACAGCCGGCGCCUGUGCGAUAAUGCGACCUGAUAUAUUUGAAAGCGUCAUGCUUUUGACCCAUCCAUUUAACGGAUCCCCAAAGCUGCCAUUCAAUAUUUCGAAUGAUUUAAAAAACGAGGGACUCGUCCAAAAUAACAUUGCUACUAAUAAAACAGGCUCAACGUCGAUACAUGAACAACUUGCCGCGCUUGGCCGUAAACAUUAUAAAUGGUACUAUUCUACCCCAGAAGCAAAUGCAGACAUGACCAUUCCAUCCACAAAGGGAGGUUUGAGCGCCUUUUUACGUGGUUAUUUUUACGUCAAAUCAGCCUCGUGGGCGGGCAACAAGCCGCAUCCACUCCAGGGAGGAUGGAUAGCGUCUGAACUCGUCAAGCUGCCAUAUUAUUAUAUAAUGCCCCUCAAUUCAACAAUGCCGGAGGCCAUUGAGGAGCUAAUGGUUCAUGAAUCUAAAGAAGAAAUAGAAUUAUCGAAAGAGUGGUUAUCUGAUGAGGACAUUGAAGUGUAUACCUCCGAGUACAGUCGUACCACAUUCGCAGGCGGUCUAAAUUGGUAUAGAGCUUACACAGAUGGAAAGUUUAAGCAAGGAAUGGACGUCUUUGCUGGGUUAAAGAUCAAAAUUCCCUGCGCAUUCAUUGCCGGGGACAAAGACUGGGGUACAUAUCAAGAGCCCGGGACCAUAGAGAAAAUGCGCGAUGGUACAUUUUGUGAAGACUUUCGUUUUUUCAAGAUAGUUGAAGGCGCUGGUCAUUGGAUCCCACAAGAGAAACCGGAUGAGGUUGUUGAGGGAAUUCUGAACCUUGUGAAUGGCGUCAAAUGA